UAGUGUACUACAUUGUUGUUAUUGGUACUAGAUUGCUGCAUCACCCACCAUUGCAACCCAUUUCUCUCUCUCUGCUCACUUAACCCAAAACCCAGAAAGUAAGCAAAACCUAUAGCUCAGAUCAGCUGCUUUAAUUCCGUGUCUCUUAUCUUUGCGCUGAUCAUGGUGAGAAAGAAGCGAGGAGGUCAACUCCCUGGCGGUGGUGGCGGAGGAGGAGCUGAAACCUAUGAAUCUCACGAGGUCGGCGAGCAGGCUUACCAACAUCACACCCCCCAAGAUGCAAGAGCGGCAGGAGGUUACCAGCACCACCAAGGAGGAGGAGGAGGCUACGGCGGUGGCCGUGGCGGCCGUUGGAAUGGGAAUGGGAAUGGCAAUGGCAAUGGAAACGGAAACGGAAACGGAAACGGCUAUCACCAGCAGCAGCAUGGUAACUCCUCUGGUGGCAGCAGGGGUAGGGGACAGGGAGGAGGUGGUAGUGGUCGUGGUCGCCGGGAAGGACCUUCUUCCGGUGGCUAUGACCUGGCCAAGACAUCACUUUCUGACCUGCACCAAGCGACCCCUGCUGCUGCUGCUCAUGUGGCUGGUGGGGUCAACCUUCAGCCUUCACCUCCAGAAUUGGUUUCUGUUGAGCAACCUCUUCCGGUGCAGGCAGUCCAACCCAUUCCCACCUCUAGUAAGUCUGUCAGGUUCCCUCUCCGCCCCGGCAGAGGCACCGUCGGCACUCGAUGCAUGGUCAAGGCCAAUCACUUCUUUGCCGAGUUACCUGACAAAGAUCUCCACCAGUAUGAUGUUACUAUUACACCUGACAUUGCAUCAAGGAGGUUGAAUCGUGCCGUGAUCAUGCGCCUGGUGGAUUUAUACAGGAAAUCCCAGCUUGGAAAUCGGCUCCCUGCUUAUGAUGGACGCAAGAGUUUGUAUACUGCUGGGCCGCUUCCUUUCUCUUCCAGUGAGUUCCAGAUCAUGCUUGUUGACGAGGAUGAUGGAUCAGGGAGCCAAAGGAAGGAAAAGGAGAGAGAAUUUAAAGUGGUGAUCAAGUUUGCUGCACGUGCAGACCUGCACCAUCUAGAACUCUUUUUGAUGGGGAGGCAAGCUGAGGCUCCUCAGGAAGCCCUUCAGGUUCUCGACAUUGUUCUGCGUGAAUUACCUACAGCUAGCUACUUUCCUGUGGCACGCUCGUUUUAUUCCCCUGAGCUGGGGAGAAGGCAGUCACUUGGUGAGGGUUUGGAAAGUUGGCGUGGAUUCUAUCAGAGCAUUCGUCCCACACAGAUGGGGCUGUCUCUAAAUAUUGAUAUGUCAUCUACUGCUUUCAUCGAGCCCCUUCCAGUCAUUGAAUUUGUCAAUCGGCUGCUCGAUCGUGACAUUUCAUCUAGACCAUUGUCAGAUGCUGAUCGCGUGAAGAUUAAGAAAGCUCUACGAGGAAUCAAAGUUGAAGUUACACACCGUGGACAUAUGCGCAGAAAAUACCGCAUAACCGGAUUGACGUCACAACCAACAAGAGAGCUGAGUUUUCCCCUUGAUGAGAGAGGUACCGUCAAAUAUGUGGUUGACUACUUCCAUGAAACAUAUGGAUUCAUAUUAAAGCAUACCCAGUUGCCAUGUCUGCAAGUGGGAAAUCAGCAAAGAUCAAAUUAUUUGCCCAUGGAGGUGUGUAAAAUUGUUGAAGGCCAGAGGUAUUCCAGGAGGUUGAAUGAGAGACAGAUUACUGCUUUAUUGAAGGUGACUUGCCAGCGUCCUCAUGAGAGGGAACGUGAUAUUAUCCAGACAGUUCGUCAAAACGCUUACCAUAAAGAUCCGUAUGCUCAGGAGUUUGGCAUUAAGAUCAGUGAGAAUCUUACUGUGCUUGAGGCUCGUAUCCUUCCUGCACCUAGGCUUAAAUAUCAUGAUACAGGUAGAGAAAAGGAUUGCCUGCCCCGAGUUGGACAGUGGAAUAUGAUGAAUAAGAAAAUGGUCAAUGGUGGCACAGUCAACAAUUGGAUGUGCAUAAAUUUUUCCAGGAGUGUGCAAGAUGCUGUUGCCCAUCGGUUUUGUAGUGAACUAGCUCAGAUGUGCAAUGUUUCUGGCAUGGCAUUUAAUCCAGAACCAGUACUUCCACCUGUCACUGUUCACCCCGGUCAUGUUGAGAGGGUCCUAAAGUCUCGUUAUCAUGAUGCAAUGACCAAACUGCAGCCCCACGGCCAGGAGCUUGAGCUACUUGUUGCUAUCUUGCCAGAUAAUAAUGGAUCUCUUUAUGGUGAUUUGAAACGCAUUUGUGAGACGGAUCUUGGCCUUGUUUCCCAAUGCUGUUUAACUAAGCAUGUGUUUAAAACCAAUAAGCAACAGUAUCUGGCAAAUGUCACGUUGAAGAUCAACGUGAAGGUCGGGGGAAGGAAUACAGUGCUUGUUGAUGCUCUGUCCAGGCGAAUUCCUUUAGUCAGUGAUCGACCUACCAUCAUUUUUGGCGCUGAUGUUACCCAUCCUCAUCCCGGAGAGGAUUCAAGUCCGUCAAUUGCAGCGGUUGUGGCAUCUCAAGAUUGGCCUGAAGUUACAAAGUAUGCUGGUUUGGUUUCCGCUCAAACCCAUAGACAGGAACUCAUCCAAGAUCUGUACAAAACAUGGCAGGAUCCAGCAAAAGGGACAAUGUCUGGUGGCAUGAUCAAGGAACUGCUCAUAUCUUUCCGUAGAUCAACUGGGCAAAAGCCUCAGCGGAUCAUAUUCUACAGGGAUGGUGUUAGUGAAGGACAGUUUUAUCAAGUUUUGCUAUAUGAACUUGAUGCCAUUCGUAAAGCAUGUGCCUCCUUGGAGCCCGAUUAUCAGCCUCCGGUGACUUUUGUGGUGGUUCAAAAGCGCCAUCAUACUAGGUUGUUUGCCAAUAACCAUAAUGACUCAAGAUCAGUUGACAGAAGUGGGAAUAUAUUACCUGGAACAGUUGUAGACUCAAAAAUCUGUCAUCCAACUGAAUUUGACUUCUACUUGUGUAGCCAUGCGGGUAUUCAGGGCACAAGUCGUCCAGCUCAUUACCAUGUGCUAUGGGAUGAAAACAACUUUUCAGCUGAUGGAUUGCAGACCCUCACAAAUAAUCUCUGCUAUACAUAUGCAAGGUGUACACGUUCUGUCUCUGUUGUUCCCCCUGCAUACUAUGCACAUCUUGCUGCAUUUCGAGCCCGUUUCUACAUGGAACCACAGACCUCAGAAGGAGGUUCAGUGGCGAGUGGUGCUACUACGAAUGGACGUGGUGGAGGGGGCACAGUUGGACGUAGGACACCGAUUGCUGCAAAUUCUGCUGCUGUUAAGCCUUUACCUGCUCUCAAGGAUAAUGUCAAGAAGGUCAUGUUCUACUGUUAGCCAGACCUUGUUCUGCAAAUAAAUAAACUAGUCGCCAUCAUGGAACUUUGAAUGUGGCGGAUGUAGUAAACUAGUAGCUAAACCAGUGGUGUUGGUAAUGUAUGUGUGUAUUGCUGUUACUUUGAGAUUGUAAGAAUCCACUCGAAUCACGUGGACUUGGGGAUAUGACGUUUCCUUUUGUGCUACAAAUAAAUCUUUGAAUUGUCA